AGCGGUUCCGGGGCUGCUGAGUCUAUGCACUCUUCUGGGGCCAGUGCCCCUCGGAGACGAGUGAGAGGCGAGUGAGCUCAGGAUGGCUGGCUGAGGACUGAAGGGGUUCUGUGUAGUUUAGGGAGUAGGAGGGAAAAGCUUUAUAGGAAAGGAGAAUUCAGGAGCUGCCACACAGGCCGGAUCUUUCAUGACUCCAGUCCUCUUCUAACCCAGUAUAUCUUCAGAGUUGUCUACAUUUUUCCAAGACCAGCUGAAAAUGAGUAAAUCCCAGAUUGAACCAAAAUUCCAAGGAUCAGUAUCCUUUAAGGAUGUGACUGUGGGCUUCACCCAGGAGGAGUGGCAGCACCUGGAUUCAACUCAAAGGUCCUUGUAUAGAGAUGUGAUGCUAGAGAACUACAGGAACCUUGUUUCAGUGGGGUAUUGUAUUACCAAACCAGAGGUGAUCUUCAGACUGGAGCAAGGAGAAGAGCCAUGGAUAUUGGAGGAAGAAUUCCCAAGCCAAAACUUCUCAGGAGUCUGCAAAACUGAUCGCAUGAAAGAAAGGAACCAAGAAAACCAGCCUAAACACAUAUGGAAAGUUGUAUUGAUCAAUAACAAAAGUCUGACUAAAGAACAAGGUAAUGUACUAGGAAAGUCACUUGAGUUGGACACAAAUUCUUUUCCUCACAGAAAAAUACUCUGUCAUUGUGGCUCAUGUGGAAUGAGCUUCAACUAUAUUUCAGAAUUGGUUAUUGGUAAAAAAAACUCUUUAGGAAAAAAGACCAAUGAAUUUAAUGCCUGUGGAAAAUUGCUACUCAAUAUUAAACAUGAGAAAACUCAUACUAGAGAAAAAAAUGAAUUUUUUAAAAGUGGAAAAAUUGUCAGUCAUAAUGAGGAUUCUGUUCAGCUUGAGAAGAUUCAAACUUUAGAGCAAAAUUUUGCAUAUAACAUACAUCAAGAAACCUUCAAUGAAAAGGUAGUAUUCAAUACAUACAAGACAGAGAUCACUGAAGAGAAUGACUGUGCAUAUGAUGAAUAUGGGAGAAGAUUCUGUGAUAGCUCAUCCUUCUUGUUCCAUCAGAUAACUCCCUCAAAGGAAAAUCACUAUGAAUUUGGUGAUUGUGGGAAAUCCUUAUGUGUGAAGUCCUCCCUUUUAAAACAUCAUGAGGCACAUUUGAAACACUGUGAAUAUGGUGAAAGUGGGAAUAAUUUCAGGAGGAAGUUCUACCUCUCACAGCUUCAGAAAACUCAUAAAGGAGAGAAGCACUUUGAAUGUGAUGAAUGUGGGAAAGCUUUUUGGGAGAAGUCACACCUCACUCGACAUCAAAGGAUUCACACAGGAGAGAAACACUUUCAGUGUAAUGAGUGUGGAAAAACUUUCUGGGAGAAAUCAAACCUCACUAAACAUCAGAGGUCACACACAGGGGAGAAACCGUAUAAAUGCAGUGAAUGUGGGAAAGCCUUCAGCCACAAGUCAGCCCUCACAUUACACCAGAGAACACAUACGGGGGAGAAACCCUAUCAGUGUAAUGCAUGUGGGAAAACUUUUUAUCAGAAGUCAGACCUCACUAAACAUCAGAGAACACACACAGGACUAAAACCCUAUGAAUGUUAUGAAUGUGGAAAAUCUUUCUGUAUGAAUUCACACCUUACAGUACAUCAGAGAACUCAUACAGGUGAGAAACCCUUUGAAUGUCCUGAGUGUGGGAAAUCUUUCUGUCAGAAGUCACAUCUUACACAACAUCAGAGAACUCACAUAGGAGAUAAACCCUAUGAAUGUAAUGCAUGUGGGAAAACUUUCUACCACAAGUCAGUACUCACCAGACAUCAGAUAAUUCAUACAGGUUUGAAACCUUAUGAAUGUUACGAAUGUGGGAAAACCUUCUGCUUGAAGUCUGACCUCACAGUACAUCAGAGAACUCACACAGGGGAGAAACCCUUUGCAUGCCCUGAGUGUGGAAAAUUUUUCAGCCAUAAGUCAACCCUAUCUCAACACUAUAGAAUCCAUACAGGGGAGAAACCCUAUGAAUGUCAUGAAUGUGGAAAAAUCUUCUAUAAUAAAUCAUACCUAACUAAACAUAAUAGAACACAUACAGGGGAGAAGCCCUAUGAGUGCAACGAAUGUGGGAAAACCUUCUGCCAGAAGUCACAGCUCACUCAGCACCAGAGAAUUCACAUAGGGGAGAAACCCUAUGAAUGCAGUGAGUGUGGAAAGGCUUUCUGCCAUAAAUCAGCUCUAAUUGUACAUCAGAGAACACAUAUAGAAGAAAAGCCCUAUAAAUGUAACGAAUGUGGAAAAUCUUUUUGUGUGAAGUCAGGACUUACUCUGCAUCAGAGGAAGCACACAGGAGAAAAGCCCUAUGAAUGUAAUGAAUGUGGGAAAUCCUUCAGUCACAAAUCAUCACUCACGGUACAUCACAGGGCUCACACAGGAGAGAAGUCUUGUCAAUGUAAUGAAUGUGGGAAAAUUUUUUACCGUAAAUCAGACCUCGCUAAACAUCAGAGAUCACACACAGGGGAGAAGCCCUAUGAAUGUAACACAUGUCGGAAAACCUUUUCUCAGAAGUCAAACCUUAUUGUACAUCAGCGAAUGCACAUAGGAGAAAAACCUUAUGAUUGAAGUGAAUGUUAGAAAUGUUGAGCCACAAUUCAGCACCUACUCCAUUUCAGAGAAUUCACACUGUGGAGAAAGCUCUGUUGACAUUCUGAAUGUUUAGUAACCUUCAUCCACACAACUGGCCUUAUUUUACUCCAAAGUAAUAACAUAGGACCAAUUUCUAGACUGCAGCAAGUAUAGGGCAAUUUGUUAACAGAUAAUAUUCCAUUGAAUGUCACGUACUGGCAUAAAACCUCACAGAUUUUGAUUUUGUGAAAGUGCUAACAAAAAUACUAGGUUAUGUCAGAAUUUAUAUAGGGGAGGAAUCUGUCCAUUUGAGACUUGCGGAUUCCAGAUUUUCUUUAGAGGUAAUGUAACAUCAAAAGCUAGAGUUUGUGCUUUGGUACGAAACAGCAGAUUUUAAUUUAUAAUGCAUAUUGUGCAAUGUAAACCUUUAAAAACUAAAAAGAAUAGUAAAAUAGGUUCAAAAGAAGUUGCAGUAGUAGUAGUGCAUAGAAUUCUGAUGUGCCCUUUACAAAGCUUCUUCUAAUAAUAGUUACAUAACUAUAACAUACUCUAAUAACAGUGUUAUAUAACUGUAACAUAUUUAUAGCCAUAACAGGAUGGUACCCUACUACUAAGUCAGAUACAGACUUUAUUCAGAUUUCACUAGUGUUUACAUGUGAUCUUUGUGUUUGUGCAUUUCUAUGAAAUUUUGUGGUUUAUAUGUUUGAGUAACCUUCAACACAGGUUGUAAAAUCAAAAAGGAAUCUGGAGUCUGUAUUACAUGAAGAUUACAAAGGAAUCAGGAUUUCACCACAGGAAGUUAAUAAAUAUUAUUAAUUAUUAAUAAUAACCAUAGCCUUUGUGCUACCCUAAUCCUGGCAACGAUUUAAAUAUAAAUGUUUUUAAAAGCAGAGAUAAAUUGAAUAAUUAGGGCAGAAGCAUAAACACCAGUGAAGCAUCCCUUAAGUUCACAGGACUUAGGUAUGUACAUUACAUAAACUAUAUGUUUCUUAACAAAAUGGAACUUAACAUAAUUGGGAAUAGAAAAUAGAUACUCCUAGUUUAGCAGUUGUUACAACAUUAGGCACAUCUCCCCUUGAAUAUAAGGCCUGGAGCAACAGUUUAAAAGGAAGCCCACGAAGCUCAUGUCUAACCUUUUAAAACUUAUAAAUCAAAAUAACUAAAUGUUCAAUAAAAUGUAUUCUCUGCAUGGGAAUAUCUAGGCCCUAGUCCCAUUGCCCCUUCUCUUUCACCCAUAGCUCAUUGCAGACCAUGAUGUGCCUUGAGUAGACAUAUGUAAAUACUCUAGCCUUCAGCCUAAAUUUAUCCAGGCCCUGGGUAAGCAACUGCUUUCCAAGACAGGGUUCAGGAAGGAAGCCUCAGACUAGACACUCAGGGCUAUAAAUUAGACUGUAAAUUCAAGGGUCUGAUGUAUCCUGAGAUCUGGGCCCUUAAUGACUGUUGAUUCUGUGGGGAGGAGGACUGAGGCUGGAGCAUGACCAGAAUGGAACUAGAGUAGUGCUUCUAUUGAUAGGGUAGAGGUGAUAUACUAAAUUACAUGAUCAGAUUAUGUAAACAAUUACAUUAGGUUAAUAACCUAAGAUUACACAAUCUAGUGAUCUUAGAUUAUACACAGAGUCUAAGCUUCCAUUGUGGGAAACUAGAAAAAGAAGAGCAAAUUAAGUCCAAGUUAUAAAAAAACAAAAGAAUAAUGAGAACUUAGGCAGAUAUCAGAGUAAUUGAAAACAGGAAGCCAGUAGAGAAAAAUCAAUAAAACCAAAAGCUGGUUCUUAGAGCAGGUCAAUAAAAUUGAUAAAUCUCGAGUCAGGUUAGCUAGAGAAAGAGAAGAUACAAAUUGCUAACAUCAGGAAUGAAAGGGAGCCAUAAGUACUGAUCCCCUCAGCAUCAAAAGGGUAUAAAGGAAUGUUAUGGACAACUCUAUACCCACAGAUUUGAUAACCUAAAUGAAAUGGGCCAAUUCCUUGAAAGAAACAAUCUGCCAAAACUCACAGAAGGGUAAAUCUAAAUAGGCAUAUGUCUCAAGAAAUUGAAUCAAUUUUUAAUCUUCCAAAGCAGAAAGUAUUAGGCCCAGAUGUUUUUACUGAUGAAUUCUACCAAAUUAAGGGAGAAAUAGUAUCACUUCUCUACAGUAUCUUACAUAAUGUAAAAGAGAGCUUUUACUUAUUUUUUGAGGCCAGCAUUACCCUAAUUGUAAAGCCAGGGAAAGACAUUAGAAGAAAGCCAAGGUACAGACCAGGAUCUCAUGAAUAGAUACAGAAAUCCUCAACAAUAUGCUUGCAAAUUGAAUCCAACAGUGUAUAAAAAGAACUACAUGAUAUGAACAAGUGGAAUUUAUCCAGGUAUCCAACAUUUAAUAAUUAACCCAUCAUAUCAACAGGCUAAAGAAGAAAUAUUAUAUGAUCAUAUGAGUAGAUGCAGAAAAACUUUUCAAAAAAUCUUAACAUCCAUUCAUGAUAAAUAAAAAACCCAGUAAGUGAGGAAUACAGAAACUUUUUACCAAGUUCCCUCAACUUUUUAUAAAAAUUUUUAUAAAAAUCCUACAGCUAACAUCGUACUUAAUGGUGAGAAACUAGAUGCUUUUCCAUUAAGAUAAAGAACAAGGCAAGGAGGUCCCCUGUAACCAUACCUUUUCAGCAACCUUCAGGAAGUCCUAGCUAAUGCAGCAGGAUAAGGAAGGGAAAUAAAAGGUACACAGAUUUGGAAGGAAGAGGUAAAACUAUUGAUGUUCACAGAUAACAUGAUUGUCUAUGUAGAAAAUUCCAGAGAAUCAGCAACAAAAAAAAUCUCCUGACACUAGAAAGCAGUUACAGAAAGGUUACCGAAUAUGAUGCUUAGGCAGGUGAUAAAAAGAAAUGAGCUAUCAAGUAACAGAGAUACGGAACCUUAGAUGCAUAUGACUAAACGAGACAAGUCAAUCUGAAAAGGUUUUAUGCUGUAUAAUUCCAACUGUAAUGCAUUCUGAUAAAGGCAAAACUGUGGAGACACUAAAAAAAAUCAGUGGUUUCCAGGUGUUCAGGGUGAGGGUCAGAGUGAUGAAUAGGUGGAUUACAGACAAUUUUUAGAACAGUGAAACCAUCCUAUAGGAUACUAUAAUGGUGGAUACAUGUCAUUCAUUUGUCAAAACCUACUAAGUGUAAAACAUACCUACAAAGUGUAAAAUACAAUGGGUCAACCCUAAUGUAAACCAUGGACUUUAGUUGUAAAAAUGUAUCAGUAUUGGUUCAUCAGUUAUAACAAAUGUACCACACUAAUGCACGGUAUUAAUAAGGGAAAAGUGUGGAGGGAGGUAGAGGUAAAGGGGUAUAUAGGAACUCUGCUUUCUGCUAAUUUUUUCUGUAACCCUGAAACUGCUCAAAAAAAUGGAGUGUAUUAAAUAAAAAACCCUGCUACAUAUUACUUUCUUAUAUAUUUACAGAAUUUGAAACUCACAUGAUUCAGUACCAGUUUUUCCAUGGUGGGGGUGGAGUAGGGUAGGGAAUGCAUUCUUAGAAAUCAUAUAUUGUCAACCACUAAGGCAUAUUUUCGAUUACAGCUUUCUGCUUUACUAAGCCUUAUUAUCUUCUUUUGAAAUUACCUUAAAUUACUUACCUCUCAUUAUAACAUCUUAUUUCUGCACUGAACAUGUUUCUGCCCUGCAGCUAUAAUAAUCACUAAUGAACAUUUGGGUUGUUUUUAUAGUCUUCAGAAUACUUUAAAUUAUAGCAACUGUGGCUUGAAAUUAAGGCCCAGUGUAAUAGAGUCUCUUCACAUCUGAAACUAAGAUUUCUGAUGGCCUAACUGCAGAUUUCCCUCCCUAUUCUCCUCCCCCAGGUCACUGUAGUCAGACAGUCCUCCUUCCUUAUCUGGGGGACCAGUUCUUGGUUUUCCCUCAGUGGCAAGUUUCACUUCCCUACCAGCCCACAAAAUUAUUCUGAAAAACCAUUCCCAUCUUCUCACAGAAACUUCACUGCACCCUCUGCAUACUACAGAGCCAUUUCCCACAACCCCUGGUUUUCCCUUUGGUCCCAAGCAUGAUAACCUGUGUGACCCUGGUUGGUGUGUGGUGUCCUCUCGCCUGGCCUAUGAAUAGACAUAACUAGUAAGCUUAUGUAGAUCUCAUCUGUCCAGUUUAAGGUGUCACAUGUUUCGCUAUUGCAUUACCCCAGGGCAUGAAUCCUGCCACCAACAGAGUGACCAACAGAAGAGGCAGUUAGUACAGCUGGGCGUGAGCAGGAUUGUCCAUCUAAGAUAGGUCACCUGGUCACUUAGCUAAUUGCUCUUGU